UGUAAAAUCAUAUAGCUCAACUGAUAAUUCAGAUAUGGCAUUGGUCUCUGUUCUAACCGUUUUAUUAACUAUAAGUCGGUUGUCUUCAGGAUUCCUUAUUGAUUAUGAUUGUCCAUUGGGAUGCUCAGAUACCAGGUGUACAAGUUUGGGAUGUUCAAACUGUCAGGUGGGAUUCUGUAUAUACUAUUCAGAUACUCACAGAACUACGAUAUGUACCCCAGAUUGUGGUAAAGGAAAAUUCUGUAGCGCUGUAAACUUUUGUUCAGAUUGUCACGUGGAUCACUGUGAUGUGUGUACAGACUCCCGCACAUGUAAGGAGUGUGACUCGUUUUACUAUCUCAGAGACAACAAUAGAUGUGUUACGUCCUUUGAAUGUGAAAGGGGUUCAUCAAUUGCUACAACUCGAAAUGGAAUUCAAGUCUGCGAAACAUGUCAUGUUCAAGACUGCAAGAGAUGUAUCCAGACUAACCCAGAUCGAUGCGAGGAGUGCGAAUAUUUCAAGUACCUGGACAGUUCUGGAUCUAUUGACCAGUGUAGAUCAAGAUCUUCGUGCGAGCUAUUUCAUGGCGAUCCUCAGUCUACCGGAGGAAAAUAUGUCUGUUUGAAAAACUAAACCAUUGUCGAAUUACUUACAACACGCAUGAACAUGUUACAACCGUUUGAUAUGUUUUAAUACAUAUUGAAUUAAACUUUGUAACUAAAAUAAGCAAUAUUGUUUUACUUGCAUUUUUAAACAUGAGAUUAUUUCCCAAACAGUCCAGAGAAACAAUUUGA